GUCCCAAUCGUGAUUUUAUCGCAUGACAGGCGGCGGGUAGUGCAACUGCGAUGGUCGCCGCGUUCCCGUUUGUGGACAACAGUGUCCGCCACAAGUACAUGUCCACGCGAGUGUAUGGCCUCGUUGCUGCGAAACGUGCUAAGGUACACACGAUGCUUCAUGACACCAAUAUCGUGGGUAAGCCUGUAUGUAUGUGGACAGGGUCUGGAAGUGGGGUACCAGGUGCUUCUCGACACGGCCGGUGGCGUCCGUGACCACCGCCGAUCCAUGAAAUGCCUCGUGUCUACCUUGGGGAGCACCAUAGCCACAUUUCCGCCGACACCAGAACAUGCGCAUUUGCAUUUUUUGGUCCUCCUGGUUUUGCGCAACCUCAUCCGUCGACACAACGACGUGCGCAUCCACGCGUCACGGGUUGGGUUCCACGAAGCGUGCACCGUCCAGCUCCGUGUCACGGCGGAAUUGACGACGCGGCAUGACUUUAUCACGGACACGCUGCGCAUUCUACGGAUGCCACUCCUGUUGGGAGAUCUGUACUCUGGAGAAGACCGUUUGAACUUUGAGCUUGCGGCAACUGUAUCUCGUCGUUCGUUUCUGGGAUUGCAGUCUCCCCAGAUACCAGUACUACCGUCGAAGUCAACUCCGUUCGAGUCCAGCGACGGCACGAAGUCGCCCGUGACCUACGUGGCUUUGCCUGUCAACGCCUCGUACAUCACGUUGGGCAACUGGAAGAGUCGGCUUCAACUCGCCUACACGUUGCUUCAGGACGGCACUUCUCGCCUCUACCUCGCCGAAGCCGCCAAGAUAUUACGUGGCAUCCUCACGCUGCAGCCUCACGGGUGCGACAUCGCGUCGUUGUAUGCCAACUUGGGCUCGAUUCACUUGGCCCAGCACGAACUCCCCGACGCCAUCGCAUGCUACAGCCAGACGCUAAAUCGAACUCCGGAUGCUUGGAAAGCGCACUUUAAUAUGGGCCUGGCCUUGCUUCGAUACGGCCGACUGCUCGAAGGCAAAGCGCAUCUCCAGCAAUGCUUGGCGUACAAUCCCAGCUAUGACGUGGCACAACGAGCGCUCGAGGAAGUGGACACCCAAUGGAUGAGCGCUGCCCACGACGCCAUGGAGAAACAAAAGGCAUCCCAGGCGUUUGCAAAUCAGCUGUCGGGGGUAUUGGCCGUGGUGAAGCACCAGACGACAUACUCACAUGCGGACUCGGGAACGUUCGUCGCCGUGGAACAUGCCGCCGCUGCGUUUGCCGUCGACAUGAGUCGGCAGUGCGCGGUGCCGGUGACGACACCGUUGAGUCGCGGAUGGCAUGGCGUGGUAGCUGCGCUGUUGCAUCGGCUGUACGUGUUUGCGUCGUUGAAGCACUUGCACAUGACAGAGGUGUUUGCGGAAUACAGUGUCACAGCCACGGAAUCUGUUGUGACCAUGGAUGGAUUGGAUGCGAUUGUCGUGUUGGUGACAGGCAAGGCAAUGACUCGCAUCGAACGGCAGCACAUUCAAUCGCUGUUUCCAUCAGGGGAAAUCCUGUGCCCGAUACUGCUGCCCAACCCCGAAACCAUCCACACCAUUGAGACCAUGGCGAACGUGGGGCCAUGGUUCCACGGCUUGUACGGCCACACACUUCACCCGCCACAGUGCCGCCACCUGGGGUUGUGGGAAUGGCUUGAAAUGCCACUCUUCACGUGGAUCAAAUCCAUCAACCACGGGCGAUGCCAAGUCGCAAAGUACAGUAAGAUCCUCGUCGACAUGGGGUUGUACACCGUGAUCCAUCUUGCGCAAGCCCAACCAACGCUGCGCCCGCAAGACUUCAAAGCGCUCGAGCUCAGUGAACGUGGCACGCUUAUAUUUGAACUGUUUGGACUACGAUCCAGCGUCGAACGUGCCGCGGGGUCGAUUGUCCAAGGUUGGUGCAGGACGUCCUUCCUGGAUGAUACCAUAUCUGUCUGCACCAUGGCGGGUAUAUGUAGGUGCUGGCCGAACAGCGUUUGCUCGCGCCAAACUGCGGCAAUUGCGCGAAUUGCGACACUGCGCUCUCGAAGACAGGGACGCAGCUAUGGUGCCUCGGUCCAGGCUGCAGGAAGAACUUGCUCGGACCGACAUGGCGCGCACCAUGUGUGCCGUUUGGGAUCUGGUGCUCACACGAACUAUGCAGGAAGUACUUCAAGCGCCUCCACCCAUUGAAACCUUCGUAUGCAUUCCCAUUCGGACGGAACUACGGCAGCGGGCCAACGUUGCCGCCGCGGUCAUCCAGCAGACCGUGCGAAUACUCUUGUGACGAUCUUCAACCAGCCUGUAUUUGAGUGAUAAUUUAAUAAAUAGACAAAGUUAACAAGG